UCUUCCCUCCCUCCAAAUCUAAACCUCGUCGUGUUUUCUCGCGAUGACAGCGGCGGCGACCUUCUCUCCUCGCUCCUUGUGGCGGGACGGCGGAAAGCCCUGAGGGGAGAGGCGCCUGCUUAGGCUUCUCCUCCCGCCUCUUCCCCGCCCACUUCAGAAGCUCAGCUUGGGCGCACGUGCGGCUGAGGCGUCUCUCCGCGGAGGGAAGUCAGUGGAGAAGCAGCAGCAGAUGCAUCAAAUGAAGAGGCUUAGCAAGAUUGAGCUAGAAAGAUCUACAGAUGUGUUUUACUAAUGGGUGUGAGCAAGCUAGAUGUGUUAUACAGACGCCUUCUUCUUACUAAACUCUUCAUUCAAGGAUGGGGAAGACCUGAAGAUUUGAAAAGAAUAUUUGAAUUCAGAAAGCUUAUUGGAAACAGGGAAAAAUGUCAGAAUUUGGUUUCAAGAGACUAUCCAGUGCAUAUUAACAAGGUUGAAGAGCAAUCAGACUGUAAGAUCCUUGAUGGACACUUUGUUUCCCCCUUGGCUCAUUAUGUUCCAGAAAUCAUGCCAUCAGAAUCUAUCACAGCAAGGUUUCAGUUUAUAGUACCAAAGAGAUGGAACAGCAAAUAUAGACCCGUGUGUAUUCAUUUAGCUGGCACUGGAGACCAUCACUUCUGGAGACGACGUACUCUAAUGGCCCGUCCAAUGAUCAAAGAAGCAUGUAUGGCUUCAUUGUUGUUAGAAAACCCGUAUUAUGGCUGCAGAAAACCUAAAGACCAAAUAAGAUCAUGUCUAAAAAAUGUCUCUGACCUGUUUGUGAUGGGAGGAGCUCUUGUGCUAGAAUCAGCAGCUCUUUUGCACUGGUUGGAGAGAGAAGGCUAUGGACCCCUUGGGAUGACUGGAAUAUCUAUGGGAGGACACAUGGCAUCAUUAGCAGUGUCAAACUGGCCUAAGCCAUUACCGCUAGUUCCUUGUCUGUCCUGGUCCACAGCAUCUGGUGUUUUUACCACGGGUGUCCUGAGCAAAGCUGUGAACUGGAGAGAACUAGAGAAACAGUAUUAUACUCAGAGUGUUUAUGAAGAAGAAAUAAUUCAGAUGCUCGAAUACUGUGGAACAGAUUCAUUCAAGAUGGGACAAGACUUUGUUAAAAACUCCCCCAGCAGUGUGGACAGUUUGAGCCAUCUGGAUCUGAAUUCCAGUGUGCUGAACCUCGAUAUCAGAAGCAAAGUUCUGUCUUCAGAAAGCUGUUGCUCCCUUAGCACUAACAGGAACACUCUAAGUGCCUCUACAGAAGGACUGUUAGUGCAAGAGGCACCCAAAAUGCAAUGCACAAACCAAACUUUUUCAACCAGCAGCAGUAGCAAUAAGAACUUUUCCAAUGCGGAGAAGAAUCUUAUAAGUGGAAAAAGAGAUCGUUUGCAAAGAGAAUCUCUAAUGUUCAUGAAAGGAGUGAUGGAUGAAUGUACCCACGUAGCUAAUUUUUCAGUUCCAGUUGACCCAACACUGAUCAUAGUUGUACAAGCCAAGGAGGAUGCUUAUAUUCCAAGAACUGGAGUGCGUAGCCUGCAAGAAAUAUGGCCAGGAUGUGAAGUCAGAUAUUUGGAUGGAGGUCAUGUUAGUGCCUAUCUCUUCAAACAAGGAUUGUUCAGGCAAGCAAUAUAUGAUGCAUUUGAUCGUUUUCUAAGGAAAUAUGCUGUAUAGUUCUGUCUUUUAUACAUGGAUUCCCAUGGUAACAUCAUACCAAGAAUAAGCCGGCUGUAGGUUCAAUUCAAAGUCAUCAGCUUGAAGGAUUAUUCAACAGUGAUUAAGACAUUAAAACGUAAUCCCUAAAGGUUAACUUUGAAUUUGCAUUAGUCAUAGUUAUGGCUAUUUUAGCACAAUUUGUUAAUACUGAGAAUGUCUGAAAGUUUGUAAAAUAUUAUUUUUGAAAAGUUAUUUUAUUUGGAAUGCCUACACAUCAAUUGAAGAAAGACCAAUAUAAUAUUGAAGAUUACUUAAACUUCUUGCCCCAACACAUCAUUAGAAGUCCAAAGAAGUAGUAUUGACAAUAUGCUUCUGGCAGUAUACAAAUUUGUUUAAUGUUAACUGGCUUGUUUAAAGCUUUAUUCCUAAAACAAUUUAUGUCAACUCAGAAAAUGAGUGAUUUGAUGCGAUCUGUUGUGUCAACUGGUUGAGUCACACAUGUUCCAUUAUUGGUUAUCAAAAGAAAAUGACUUCUCAGAGUCCAGCUUUAAUAAUUUAAAGCAGAAAUAUCAUAAUGUACUUUUUAAAUAAAAUUGAGGUACGAUGGAGGAAAGACGUGGGCAUAUCUGUCCCAGAAAAUUUAUAAACCCUCUUAAUUAGCUGAGCUGCCCCACUUGAAAUGAAAAUAGAUAUGGAACCUUUCACACAUAUUGCAUGUGUUAUGUUUUGAUAAAUGUUUCCUUUCUAAACACAUACACAAAGUUGUUUCACAUGGUGAAUUGUAAUUUUAUACUACCAUAAUAUUAUAUAGUGUUAAUUUUAUAGAUGCAUAUGGAACAACGGACUUGUGAGGAUUGACAGUUCUUUUUAAUCCAAGGGGUAUAGUGCUUCACAACAAAUUUCCUCUUAUAGAUUCGGUGAUAAAAAGUUACUGUUCAUGAUAAUAAUGUCAAUCCUACUUAAAAAUCUAGAGGAAUUACAAACUGAACUUAUAUUUUUGUAGCAAAGUUUCUGCAAACCCAUCACAAAAUCAUUCCUGAGUGUAUAGAGUUCCGCUAGAAUGGUAUGGAAUAGGACACUUAGGAUCAGAAAGAGGGAAGUGCCCUAAUUCAAGUUUGCCUUGUGCAUGCAGAAGUGCCUUUCUGCUGUGUUAGACACCUUCAGAUUCAUGUUGUUUUGUUUAUUGCACAAUAUUCAAAGUUUAUAUAUGAGGUUGAAAGCAAUUUUGUGAAAAUCUUUUAAAAGGGAGAGAAGUCAUUGAAGCAUGUCUUGAUGUCCCAAAUAGGCAGCCAGCAUUUGUUUUUAUAUGUUAAAAUAAUGAGUACUAGGUACUGUCAUGCUGGUAUUUCCACAUAGAUGCCAAACUUCUUUUAUAAACUGAAAUAUUUAUUUUAUAAUAAGGUGAAGUGUAUAUGGGCUAUCUGUAAAUUGGCCAAAAGUUUAUUUGAAAGUAUUGUGCCCAUUGCAUGAAUGUUGUAAUUGACACAUUUGCCUCAAAGUUUUGAGCAGGUAGUAUGAGACUGUCUGUUAUUAAGGAACAUUCUUUGAAAGAACCAAAAACCAAAAGUAUAGACCUCUCAAAGACCAAACGGAACCACAUUUGAGAAGCUGCAUCAGGCGGAAUUCCAGGUUUUAAUUACACUGUUCAUAUAUCAUAAAGAAAUACAACAUUGUUUCUUGAUGGAUGGUAUGUUACAGUACAAGAAACUGUAUCAAAAUGUUAAAUUAUACAUUUAAAGUCUACUGAAAUUAUUUUUCUGAUCAAAUUUUGAUGAAAGAUGUCUGCCAAAAUCGAUAAACACAUAAUGUUUUUUCUUGAUGGCACAAUAGCAUGUUCUUAAAGUGUUGCCCUCUCAAAUUUUCUUUAACAGAAAGGGUAACGUCUCUAUGGAGGACAUCCUGUAGAUCAAUCCCAAAUAGAGUAAAACCAUUCAGUCAGUUGCUAAAAUGGUGAGUCAACAUAUAGGUAAAUCCCAUUAUAAUUAAAAAGAUCUAACAAGAGGUUUUAGGCCUACGUCUGAUAUGAAAUUUCUGUGCAGGUAUUUUCUUGGAACAAAUACACGAUUAAACUGGAGAAAGGGCAUGAGUUCCUCCACAAACCAAUUCCUAAUAUCUGCACCAGAGAUGUAAAUUGUAAAGCAGAAGUAUGUUUUGACUGAAUUGCCUUCACAAACUUUCCUGCAUUCUGAAACAUUUAAUAUGGUUUUGAGGAGUAUCAAAAACCCUGUCUAAACAUACCUUCAUUAUAUGAAGAUUAUUAACAUAUGUAUUGUGAAUAGUUAGUCAUGGAUAUCACUUCAACAAAACGUUUACAACAUAAUUACUCUUAGCUUAAAGGUUAUUCUGUGUUACUACUAUUCCCCCUUCAAGGAUUGGUAGAUAGUCAAGGAGAGGCUAACAACGAAUGUGUUGCCUUUUGAUUCUAUGUUUGGAAGUCAUCUGCUGUCAGUCAUUUCUUUCUUACAAGAGGUGGACUAAUGUGAAAUGAAAAUGAAUUUCCAAAUUAUGUAUGCUUUUUAUUUGAUUGUAUUUUGUAUUUUCCAAUAAAAAGCUUGCGGUGUUUAA